AUGAGUCCUCAAUCCAGGAGGAUCUCGCUGUGCAGCGUCACCCUAAUACUGGCAGCUUUCUGCAACUGUUCAAACUCCGCGCGCUCUGGAUCCAUUUGUACUCAGCUUUUAUUCAAAUUGAAGAAUGGUGACAAGGCCGACGUCAUGCUGGAGCUGCCCUCCCUUUUUAGUAAAGUUAUGCGCAAUCCAGCCUUAAAAUUUCUGAUCGGGGCUGCCAAAGCGGGUAUGAUGAAGGCCUUAAUGAAACAAGCCACCGCUGCGUCACAAGCACCCUUCAUGGCGGUCAUCAGAGGACUUGGAAUAUCCAAAUCAGCCACCCCAUUUUGGAUCUCGAACCACAUCGGUUUAAACAAUGUGGAUUUGAAAGCCGUUCGAAUUCUGGGAGCUCUCCCGGGUGUUUUCCACAUUCGAGAACAGUUUGUCGCCACGAUUGAUCCGGUAGAGGUUGGCAGUGAUCCCAUUCACAAGCGGGAAAUUCGACAAAUUAAGGCACAAUGGGGAGUUUCAAAGAUAGGAGCCCCGUCCGUAUGGGGGAAAACUAAGGGAGAAAAUAUCGUCGUGGCAACCAUUGAUAGCGGCGUGUAUGCUGGACACGAGGCUUUGAAAGAUAACUAUGCCGGCAAAUGGUUGGACGCUUCUGGAGAGAGUAAUUCGACCACACCAAUCGAUACGAACAAGUACGGUCAUGGGACCCACGUGAUGGGGAUCAUCUGCGGUCGGACGAAAGGAAUCGGCGUUGCCCCGGGUGCAAAAUGGAUAGCGUGCAAAGCAUUUCUAGCUAACGGGUCCAGCAAGGAAAUUGCUUUUAGGAUUUGUGGGCAAUGGAUCUUCCAGCAGAGGCCGCACAUCGUGAGCAACAGUUGGGUGGGUGGAAGUGGGAAUUCCGAGUUCGGUGAUAUCAUCCAAAGUUGGAGGGAGGUUGGAAUCAUCCCGAUUUUUGCCAUAGGAAAUCACGGCGACCUUUGUAGGAGUGCAGGUUCUCCAGGAGAUCAGCCAAAUGUUAUCUCGGUCGGGUCGACAAGCAUCAAUGAUACCAUGAGUAAAACUAGUGGGAGGGGUUUUGCUAAAAGUGGUGCUAUUAAACCGGAGGUAACUGCUCCCGGGGUGGACAUUUACUCUGCCUGGUUCGACAGCAAUAGAAAAACUAACCUUUACAGUGUCAUGUCGGGAACGAGUAUGGCCUGUCCCAAUGCUGGGGCGGUUGCUUUAAUGCUCUCUGCUAACCCGUCGUGGAAAUUUGAUGAUGUAUUGUCCGCGUUAAAAAAUACGGCAGACCGACCACCCGUGGAUGCCAAGGACUUGGCCUGUGGGAACACCACGACGUCAAAUUAUCCAAAUAAUGCUUUCGGAUGGGGUAGAAUUAAUGUUAAGAAGGCGCUUGGGAUGUAA